UAUUCCAUUCAUUUCCUCUCUCUCUCUCUCUCUCUCUCUCAUCUCUCUACGUUUCUCUCUCUCUCUAUAUUCUCAACUCGAAUCGUAAAGCUAGCCGGAGAAGGUGAAAAUUCAAUACAACAUGGCGCAGAGAACGGAGAAGGAAGAGACGGAGUUCAAGGUCCUCGAAACCUUGACCCCGACGCUCUGCUCAAACAACUGCGGCGUCACAGCGAAUCCAGCGACCAACAACAUGUGUCAGAAAUGUUUCAACGCCUCCGUCGCAGGCGUAGACUCCACCUCGACGUUGAAAAGAUCGGCCAGAUCCGUCAACCUCCGAUCCACGCCAGCAAAAGCCGUGAUCCGUCGUCCCAGGGAGACCGACCCGGUUAAGAGGGAUCAACAGCAACAGACGAUGAUAAACCGGUGUUCCGGCUGUCGGAAGAAGGUCGGUUUGACCGGGUUCAGGUGCCGGUGCGGGGACCUUUUCUGCGCCGAGCACCGUUACUCGGAUCGACACGAUUGCAGCUACGACUACAAAACCGCCGGCCGUGAGGCGAUCGCUAGAGAGAAUCCUGUUGUCAAGGCGGCGAAGAUGGUUAAAGUUUAAUUCGUGAAAAAAACUCUCGGUGGUUCAGUUCAAGGUUCUGGUCUGUAAGGAUCGGACAAUCGUUAAACAGAGAGAUCCUCGGAGACAUUAUUGAGUUGAUGAUGUCUGUUUGUAAUGAAAAAAGAUCAUAGAGAUUCCUCUGCUCGAUUUCAGUCUGAAGAUAAAAUUUAUUUUUCUUUUUACUUUUCCUUUUUUUUCUAGUGGAUUUAUUGUUUGGCUUUACGAAUUCAAGACAAAGUUGUCGAGUGGCAUGUGUAUGUAGAUUCGGUAGAAAUGAAGGGUGUUUCUGGUAAUUCAGGUAACGUGUCUCUGGUUUCGUGUGGUACUUUUAUCAUAAUGUUAUACUAGUCCAUUGUGCGUCACAA